AUUAAUGUCAUACCAUUAUCUCUUUAAAUUUAUCAUAAUAGGUGAUACAGGUAAUAUGAAUUUGAUAAUAUGAAGCUGUUGGAAAAUCAUGCAUAUUGUACUAAUUUUUGGAAUAGAAGUUUAGAGUGAAGCAUGAGAUGACUGUUGGAGUGGAAUUUGGAGCCAAAUUUCUGGAUUUGGAUGGCAAAUAAAUCAAACUAUAAAUUUGGGAUACUGCAGGUUAAGAAACCUUUAAAUCUAUCACGAGACAGUAUUAUAGAUCAGCUGCAGGAGCAAUUUUAGUUUAUGAUGUUACAAGAAGAGAAUCGUUCGAAAAUGUCAGAGAAUGGAUCAAAGAGUGUUAAGUCCAUGGAACACAGGAUAUGGUGAUAGUGUUGGUUGGAAAUAAAGUUGAUUUAGAGAAAUAGUAUAAUAUACAUAAUAUAAACGGCGUAAAGUUUCCAAAUCUGAAGGGUAGUAAUUAGCGAAUGAAAAAAAUCUAUUGUUUAUUGAAACAAGUGCGAAGGAUAAUUUAAACAUUAUUGAAGUAAUUUCUAAUUUAUAUUUCAGACAUUCUCCUAAGCAGCAUCUCAAGUACUCAAAGUCGUAUAGAAAAGCCAACAGAAGGGUGAACUACCAGGAGUCCGAGUUGGAUAAGCAAUUAACUAAACAUAACUUUAACAAUAGAGUUCCACUUCAAAUGGAUGUUGCUGAAAUUAUAAUUAAUUAUAAAUCGUUAUUGCACAGAAAUUAUAAAAUUUAAAAUUUGAUGAGUAAUUCCAUCAUUCUAGCAACUUUUUUUUAAGAUCUAAUUAUAAUAGAAUGUACUGACCAUGAUGAAAUCAGUAAUAGAGUAUUUGUUACUUUAAACUAAUAAAUAAAAAUUGCUAAAUAUUUUAUUCGUACAUAUUCUAAUAAGUAAACUAAAUAACACUAGAACAGAAAUCAAUAGUUUUAAUCUAAUUCAUAUAAGUAGUUAUCUAACCGAUAUAUAUAGUAAUUGAUAAUAUAAAAAAGAUAAAAAGAGUUUGAGAGUCUAAAAAUCAUAGAUAUAUAUAUUAUAUAUAUAUAAUGA